GUCAGUGUCAUAUGGCAAGCCAAGGCAGCUUCAACUGGUUCAGAGCAGAGACUGUUAUUAGUAUUAACCAUAGCGUCCGUUUACAGGGCGCUAUUCCUUCUAGAGACUUGUGCGUAAUACUGAACGGAGCUCAGCUCUACACCGAGUAUUGUAUCCCAGCCUUGUUGAUGGAGUUCUUGCAAAGGAGUGGAGAUUACUGCCACGCCCAACAUCUCAUCGCAUAGGUCGCAGGGCAGAAUGCCCAUCUCUGCCCUUUGAAUGCCCAAAGUGAUAGCAGCCUGCCGUCCACACCGCUGUCUUUCUGACCGGCGAUCACAAAGCAGACCAAUGGGGUAAGGAGAGACGGGGGAUCCAGGACAGUGUCACCCAACUGCGAGCACUCUACUCCCCGCCGACCCUCCGCUCAGUCUGCCACGGCUGACCGCUGCAGAGACCAGCCGCACUCUGGUCCUGCUCAGGCUGCUGACUGCUGGGGGGCUGAUGGUCUGAGGGCUCUCUCUGUUGGCUCUCAGAGGCUGCUGGCUGGAGAACAUUGCAGGGCUGUGAUAGCGUGGAGGAGGACUCGGCUGCUUGCUUGCACACGGAGGGGUCUUGGGGGGCUCGGUGGAGGCUGGCCCGGCCUGGGUGCGCGUUUCUCCAGGAAGUGAGCUUCAGGGCUUGGCCAGGAUGAACCGGCCGGCCCCCGUCGAGCUCUGCUACAAAAACAUGCGUUUUCUCAUCACGCACAACCCCACCAAUGCCACCCUCAGCACGUUCAUUGAGGACUUGAAGAAGUAUGGCGCAACGACAGUUGUGCGAGUGUGUGAGGUCACCUAUGACAAGACACCCCUGGAGAAGGAUGGGAUUACAGUGAUGGAUUGGCCCUUUGAUGAUGGUGCCCCACCACCUACUAAGAUAGUGGAUGACUGGUUGUCCUUGCUGAAGAACAAAUUCUGUGAGGAGCCUGGCUGCUGUGUGGCGGUUCACUGUGUCGCUGGACUGGGUCGAGCGCCUGUACUGGUUGCCUUGGCACUGAUCGAGAGCGGGAUGCAGUACGAGGAUGCCAUACAGUUCAUCAGACAGAGGCGCCGAGGAGCCAUCAAUAGCAAACAGCUGACGUAUUUAGAGAAGUACAGGUCCAAGCAGAGACUGCGCUUCAAAGACCCACAAAACCACAAGAACAAAUGCUCCAUCAUGUAAUCCCAAGCCUUUCAACUAACACUGUGAAAUGGACAGAUGGCUAGGCCACAAAAUCAAUGCAUUUUACUCCUUAAUCAAAGGACUGACUGACAAUCCUCGCUUUCACUGUGGGAUACCUGAUUCACUGGGACUUCUCAAUCUCAGGGCUGCUACAGACAAGCAACCACAAUGUAUGAACUCAAGAUUUUUUAAUAUAAAAAAGGAUUUUACCCCCCCCCCCUCCCCCCGUUCUCUUUCAACUUCAGAUCAAUCACUGCACAUUCUGAUGGUUCACCCAGUCACCUCUGUCACUGCAUUAGCCUUCUGAAAAUCCUUUAAAUUGGAGUCAUGAAAUCAAAGGACACUGAAUGGUUAUUUAUAUUUGUCUCAAGGCUCAUUUUAUGACUCAUUUAUGCCUGUCAAUUAUGCUUUGUCCUCCCAUGUUUUUGUAUGUAAUUAUGUUGUUUCACAUUGCAUGUCACACCCUCAGUCUCCUUUCCUCAGCACCACUGAAACAAUAAUAGGAGGAUAAUACCACAAAGGGUGGCUCGUCCUUUAACAGAGCCAUAUUUUUGUACAUUGUGAUAAUAUAAUAUUCUGGAAGGUGGGAUGCCUCACCAGAGAUGUGAAGGUGAGUUGGGAUGAGUUUGUGAUGAUGGUGCUGAGAGGUGCUGAUAUUAUCUCUGUAUUCGGAUGGCUUACCUUGUUUGUGUGUGUUUGUGUGUGUGCGUUAAGAGGAGCCUCACAAUACUGUGAGGCUGGAAUUGGACAACAACUUUCUCUGGGAUUCUGCAUAUCAGUCUGACUUCUGAAAUAAAGGCCACAGUGAAUGAAA